AUGAGGGCCAAACGUUCAAAGAAGUAUCGCAAGCUUAUGCACCAGUAUGAGCUCACUUUUGGUUUCCGAGAGGCCUACCAGGUCCUGGUUGAUUCGAAUUUCCUACGUGCCACCGACUCCUUCAAGAUGGAGCUAAUUCCUGCACUUGAACGAACAGUCCAAGGCAAGGUCAAGCCUCUAUUGACAAAGUGCUCUCUCGCCGCUAUCAUGGCCGCACAACCCAUCAACCCCAAAACCGAAAAACCAUACAGACCUCUCUUCCUUCCCCCGCCCACAGAACUCCCGCUCCGCCACUGCUCGCACAACGCGGACUCCACGCCCAUCGACGAAAUCGAGUGUCUCCUCUCACUGCUUUCACCGAACGCAGACUCAAAGAAGAACAAAGAGCACUACAUUCUCGCAUCCGCGGAUCCAAUCUUGAGAAAGACGAACAAUAGCGAGAACCAGCCCCGCAGACGGAAGACAGAGGAGGAUCGCAAAGAAGAGGAAGCUAUGCGCCGUUCUCACGCAUUGCGCUCCGCUGCCCGCUCUAUCCCCGGUGUGCCUAUCAUCUACGUCAAGCGCUCGGUGAUGGUCCUCGAGCCGAUGAGUGGUCCCUCCGAGAUGGUGCGGGACGGCCAUGAGCGUGGGAAGUUCCGCGCUGGAUUGGAUGUGGAUCCUAUGCUCGGCAAGCGCAAGAGAGACGGCGAGGCCGAGGGUGAGAGUGCUGAUGAGGCGGAACCUAAGAAGAAGCGCGGGCCUAAGGUCAAGGCGCCUAAUCCUCUCAGCGUGAAGAAGGCUAAGAAGAAGGUCGAUGCGCCUGCACCGAAGAAGGAUAAGGCUGUCCGGAAGGAGGUUGAUGUCGCAGAUGCUACUGAGCAACGUGAUGACGAGGAUACUGCCGCGGCCAAGCCUAAGAGAAAACGUCGUCAUGCUAAGAGUGGUCCUCGUGAAGACUUCGAGGAGGCCGCCGAGCCUAAUGAGGCUAUGGAGGUUGACGCUUGA